UUGGAUUUUGUUGGAAAUGAUGAUGAAGAACCAAAGGAAGAAAUAAAAGUUUGCCAAACAAACGAAUGCGCGAAAUUGGGAAAGAGAAUGAAGCAAAUAAUGAAUUCACAAAUCGAUCCAUGCCAAGAUUUUUAUGAGUAUAGCUGUGGGAAAUGGCAGGUGGAAAACGAUAGGCAGUCUCAGCUAGCCAUUCAAUCAUUUGAAGGACGCCAAAAAAUUAUGAAAUUAUUCAAAACCUAUCAACCAGUCACAAACUCCGAAAGAAUUGCCAAAGUUGUGCACAAAAAGUGUCUGGAAAACAAAGGAAAGGAUUAUACUGGAAUAGAUCAAAGUGUAUGGAAUAGCAAGGAUCUCACUAAAAUAUUAAUCGAAGCUGCAAAAGUGGAUCCAAUCGAUACUGGUUUCUUGAUACAUAUUAUCAUUCCAUAUCAUAAAGAAGAUGGUGAAAAUAAAUUGACUCUUAUUUUUGCCAGUAGAAUGGGCGAAUCAAAGGUUUGAGGUCGCUUUUUGAAAACAUAAGUGAGAUAUAAAAUUUCAGGACGAUAAAAAUAUACCUGAUUUAUCGCCAGAUGAUACGACAACAUUCACUUUCAUGAAUCUUCAAGAAUAUUUGAAAGGAUUACUUCCUGAAGAAUAUCGUGGAACUGAAAUGAAUUGGAAAUUGAAAAUUGUGAAAGAUCCAAUUGCAAAGGUAUACUCUUAUAAGACAUAAAAAGCCUUUUCUGAAAAAAACCACUUUUUCAUUUUUUCAGUUGAAUCAAUUUGCAAAAGUUAACUCGACUGAGAAUAUUCGACAGACUAUCAAAGAAAAAUGGCAAGAAAAAUUGGAAUCUUAUCUUCUCCAUUCUCAGGCUGUAGAUAACUAUGCAUAUUGUUUUUCUCAACUCGAAAAACUGUUUCCUGGAACAUUAGCAAUGAUUUUCAUCAAAACAUUUGUUCCACCAAAACAUUUGCAAAAAGCAAACCAAAUUUUCCUGCAACUUAAGUACGUUUUCAAAGAAAUGAUCGAUGAGAAUGAUUGGAUGGAUGAUAAUUUGAAGAAGCAGUUGAAAAAAGAAUUGAACGCAUAUAAAGCAUCGCUUGGUGAACCAGAUGAACAUAAGGAUAUAAAAAAUAUCGAUCAAAUGUAUAAACGAGUGGAGAAAUUGAAACCAGCUGAACAACAAGGAUAUUUGGAACUUGUUCGAAAUUUAUUAGCAAUGAAUAGUGAAGAGACAUUUUUGAGAGUUGCCAGAAGAGAUGUGAUGACAUAUUCCGCCCAUCCAUUUCAGGCUUCUUUCCAUUAUAUCGGUGUGUCCCAUAGAACCUGUAAGUCGCAUAAAACCUGUAACUAAUGCAAAAAAAAAAUUAAAAUGAUGACUGGGGUGACGCUUUUCACACUGAUAUUCAUCACGCACCCACUGAAACUCAAUUCCAAAUUACAUCUUCAUGAGUUUAGAAUCAAAAUGUUUUCAACAAUAUCAAAUAAUUUCUAUUUAGCAUUCCCAGCGUAUUCCGCAUUAUAUCCAUAUAUUGAUGAUAAUCUUCCUGUUUGGAAUGUUAUUGCAAGUUUCGGAUUAAUUUUGGCGCACGAAAUUGGACAUGCUUUUGACGCGGGUGCUUUUUUGAAAAAUCAAUUUUUGGAAGAUUAUGAAAUUAGUAGUUUGAAUAGGGAAGAGUUCAAAAAUCGUGUCAGAUGCAUCAGUGAUAAAUAUUCCAAAUAUCAGUUUUACGAUGGACGUCAUGUAAGUUUUAUUGUUGUUCUUUGUUGCAUGUUUUAAUAUUUUUUGCCAUUUUCAGUCAAAUGGAACUCAUACGUCUGAUGAAGAUACUGCUGACAAAUUAGGUAUUGAUUUAUCCUACCGACUUUUUAAAAAAUUUCGAAGUUUUGAGAAAAUUCCGGGGUUUGAGAAUAAAACAAUUGACCAACAAUUUUUCCAAAGAAUGGCGAUAGUAGGUUUUUUACACCAAGUUUUUUUCAACAACAUCUUUUCUUGAAAAGAAUUUGUGAAAAAAAAAACUUUUUUUUCUCAAUUUCAGGUGUUCUGUGGGAUUAAACUAACAGAACCAAGAGAAGUUACGGAACAAAUUGUUGAUGUUCACAGUUACCGCAAAUUUCGAAUCAACGGAAUUAUGUCAAAUUCGGAAGCAUUUGCCAACGCGUAUAGUUGUGCCAAAAAUACUCCAAUGAAUCCAGAUCAAAAGUGCCCGUUUUUAUGA